GAUUUUUUUAAAGAUUGCACAGGUAUUGCGCUUCUAUAAUUUAUGGCCACAUCUCGUUUAUUGUUAUAUUACCUUGGCUUGCUACAGAGUUUUCUUAACAACUUCAAUAAAUAACAUAAGUGAUGGUAGACAGAUCAAUACAUAAUCCUCAAGAUGUCAUAUUCAUUAUCAUAUCACAUUGACGCUUGAUGAAUGACAAAUCCAAAUCAAGCACACCUUCUUACCAGCAUGCUUUCUAGUUACCGCCAAAGAAUCCAUUCUUACCUGUAAUAUCUUUUCAUACCUGUGGAUGUGUUGCGCCAUUAGCUAUAUAUUUACAGAAGUUUCAAUAAUGGUUGCUGAUCAAUCCUGAAUGCAACUAUGGUUGCUGCAACGUUUGCUAAUAGAGGAUUUAAGUACAUUCCGUUGGUACUUGCUGUUUUGGUCAUAAUAAUUGUAAUUUUUCCAUACAGUAGACAGAUAAAUAUGUCAACAACUGUUACCAAUGUGAUGCAUGGAAUGGUUCCAUCUGUCGUAUAUUUCAACUCCAACAAAAAUAAAACAGACACAUUAUGCCAAAACUGUACGAAAAUCAAUCCUUCUUUCAAUACAAAACCGAUCUUUCAGAACUACUUUUUUCCAGAGUCUAAGUGUGACAAAAAAUUAUUGGUGUAUGAAUGCGCUGGAAUUUGCGGAGGACUUGGUGACAGAGAAAAGGGAAUUUUAAGUGCAUUUUUGCUAUCCUUAUUAACCCAACGUACUUUUGUUGUACUUCAUCGAACACCAUGUGAAAUUAAGAAGUUUUUUGAGCCACGUAUAUAUGAUUGGUCAAAAUGUUCAGCAUCUGUAUCACAAGCUAAAUCAAAGGGAUUUUUAAUGGUCAACUACAUUGAUGCACAUGGAAAUUUGCCCCAGAGUUUUGAAAAUUUAAGAGGAUAUGAUAUAUGGAAAGAACACGUGGUUUUUAUACACGUUAACAUUCGUUUGAAUAACAGGAUAAUGAGCCAUCCAAUAGCAAGAGAAACUAUACCAUGGAUUUUGACAUCGCCUCCUGAAUUUGUUAUGUCUCAACUGUGGCAUGCGCUAUUUAAACCAGAAGCAGCCUUACUUACACACUUAAACAACUUCAUUACAAAUUGCACAUUGAAUAGCAAACGAAAGCUUAUUGCAGUUCACAUUCGUACUAGAUUUCUUCAGAAAGACCUUAGCGCGCAUGUAAAACAAAUAUUCGCAUUUCUUGAUAAUUAUAAUGACAAGUCAAAUUUUACCCUUUACAUUGCAUCCGAUAGCGAGGAUAUAAAAAAUCAAGCAAAAAAAAGAUAUCUGAACUUUGCUUCAUUAAACAGACACGUUGUGCAUAUCGACGAGACAAAUGAUGCAUGUGAUGGUAUGUACACAGCUAUUUUUGAACAACUAGUAUUAUCCAGGGCCGACAUACUAGUCAUGACACAAAGCGGGUUUUCUCGUAUGGCGGCAUAUAUCCGUGGCAAGCCUGACGAAAUAUAUCUUUAUCAUGCUAAAGAUAAAUCAGACGAGUCCUUUUUUGAACAAAUAACACUAGAAACACUGCCAAAAAUGUUUCCAAUCAGCUAAUCACGAUCACUGUUAGAGGAACAUGACAACAGAAAUAUUUCAUGUAAUAUCAAUUAUAGAUUAAAUAUGAUAUUUUAAAUCCUGGUCCUUUUGAAAGAUAAGAAGAUAAAGGAAUUCAGAAGACAAUUACCAACAGUAAACGUCAUUACCAAUUGAAUCAAAGAAAAAUAGAGAGAACUCGAUUAUUCCGAAAGAUCAUGAUGUUAACAUAUUCCUGGUAAUUUUGAUAAUACUGAGCUACCUCUAAUUCAUUGUGUUUACAAAAAAUCUACACGGAAAUAUGAUUUUGAUUAUAGCGAGAUGUAUAAAAAUAAAUAUCGUCCCCCGUCAA